AUGGCCAAUCUUUCAAUCUUCGACGUCUGGACCGCCUGCGACGACAAGCUGAUGGCGGCCAACCGGAAGGCACUUGUGGCCUUGGCAUGCUGUGUAAGAAUGGAGUGUGUUGUCGCAACGAUGGCCUUUGCGAGUAUUGUGAUGAAUGUCUGUCCAACUGAGAUGCGCAAGCGGAGUGCGGGCAUUGUGCCUGCAGGCAAAGGAACUUGCCCAUUGAAAGUUUGCUGCAGCAGAUUCGGGUUCUGCGGCACAACAUCAGGCUUCUGUGAAGCUCAGGGACAAGGUAGUAGCUUGAAGACGCCUUCAGGGAUUUGCGGCUCUGCCCCUGAACAUUCGACUCAAUCUCAAGGUAGCUCGAAUGCCAAUCCUCCAUCAGAGUUUAAAGUUCUUGUGCGGAUAGUAUUGGCCGUUGCAUGA